GAUUUGUUGUUUUCUUUUCUUUUCUUUUCGCCUUUGAGUGAUUUGGGAAAAAAUGAAACCAAUUUCCUAUUCCGACAAAUUAGCGCUGCUACGACGCGAUCGAUGGAUGUUGUGUUUUUCCUUUGGCAUUCGGUGUUCGAUCGCUGGAUGAUUCUUUUAUGAGCUACAUUCUCGUUCUCUCGUGGAGGGGUGAGGGGUAAGGGGGUAAGCGUACGGACGAAGCAGCAACCGCGAGACGUCAGUGCAUCCCACUCACGUGCACUCACAUCGCUUCGGGAACCGGUUGGCUCUGCUGAGAUGGGGCAGAUGAAAAUGGUGCAAUUUUCACUGCAGUCGCGAUGAGCCCGUACGUGGAAUGGUUCGCAGCCAAGCGAGUGUGUGCCGUUGUUUGUGUGUAUGUGUGCGUGGAUGGCGGUGUUGAAUAAAAGAAUAAGCUUGAAAGCUUGAGGAAGCAGGCAGCAAACAGAGCGAACGCUCCCGGGGAAAGUGCUUACCCGCAGGGUGGGUGUACAGUGUAAAGCCAGACCUCCGGAGUACUGUGAGUGUGUGUGUGUGUGUGUGUGUGUGUGUGUGUGUGUGUAAGGAAAAACAAAGCAACAGAAAAAAAACAAACAGGUAAAAGUUGGACAUCCUGAAGUUGGUUCGGGUUUUCGGCACCGUGGCCGACAGUGAGAAACAGCUCUCAAAACCCACUCACCACCACCACGCCGAUCACGUCAGCCUCGAAAGUAGGAAAAAGCGUGCCGAAAGCCUGUGCUGAAACGUUCAACCCCUCCGAGUAGUGUAAAAGUGUAUGUUGGUACAUGUGAGAGUGCCAGUGUGUGUGUGUGUGCAUUGUGAAGUAAAUUAAUUAAAAAAGUUAUAUUAAAACGUUCUAAAAAGGCAAAACCAAAUUAAUGUUGCACGCUGUUUUUCGGGCACCGGCACACGACGGCGCGGCGUGGGAAUACGCGUCAGGAUUUCCGUUUGCGAGUGUGUUGCGGUGCAGUCGAGCGAGAGCGGGGGCUGCUUGGGUGAAGCAGUGGCCGUAAACCCCCCUUGUUGUUUUUCCUUCGUUUACACCGCCAUCCCCAACCGGUGUCGGCGGUGCAGUGGCUGGAUGGAAAAGGGUUUUCAGCCCGAGUGUGAUUGCGGUUAGGCGGUUCAGUGUUCUCCGCUGGGAGUACGAGUGCGCGUUUGUGGAAUUGUGUGUGUGUGUUUGUGUGUAGUGCAUGUUUUUUAAUGAAGCAAUAGAAAAAGGUGUGUUUUGCCUGUGUCCGACAUGUGUACUGGUGCUUGGGGCCUGGUUCGGUUUGCACGGCAGAAGUGAACGAGCAGCAGCAGCAGCAGCAGCAGCAGCAACGGCAGUGAUUUGUUCAGAGGAAAGAAGAAUGCGUAUUUGUUAUGGUGGUCUGUUUUGUGUGUGCAUGUGUGUGUAGGAGCUUUUGGUGUGAGUGAAUGCUGAUUGAAUCAUGACUAUCAUUUUCAUCGCUGUUCCGGUUCGUUAAGUGGCAAAAUAAAUCGACGACUCGUUUCUUUGGGGGAAGCUUGGGAAACAGACACAGCGAGCAGGCAAUGGCAGUGGGCCGUUGCUGAACGACUGAGUUUGCGGGGAUUCGUCUGACGCUUUUGAUUAGGAUUAUUGUUUGGGAGAGGCGAGAGUGUGCAGGUGGAGACAGCUUGCAACGAAGUCAGCAAGAAGCGGAAGCGAAUAGCGUCACCAUGGGCAUCCCGACCACCGUACGGUCCUGCGCGGACCUCGUUAGCAUACUGCUGCUCGCUGUGAUACAGACCGGCACGCUCGGCUGGAAGCUGGAUAAUCGAAACAUCAUGUACACUAAUCAGGACAUCUCGUACGAGUGCCCAAUCAACACCAUGUGCCGGUGUGCGAGUUUGCCGAACGAAACCGCACUCCUCGAGAUCAAUUGCAACGAGGUGUCGCUGUACAAAUUUCCCGAGUUUCUACACGGGACGAUAAAGCACAUCGACAUGUCACGCACCUUCAUCCACAACGUGGACGACGAAACGUUCCAGGGGUUGCGGCUCGAGUCGCUCAAGCUGGUAGACAACAAAAUACAGGACAUUUCGGAAAAGAGCUUCAACUUCAUGCAGCAUUCGCUGGUGUCACUGGAUCUGUCCGACAAUCAGUUACAGGGACUACCGCUGGAUUCACUAAAAAAUGUCCACACGUUAAGCCGAUUAGUAGCUCAGCGAAACAACAUCCACCAUCUCGAUGGGAACUGGGGCGGGCUGGCAGACUCGCUGCGCAGCCUGCACAUUUCGGGCAACUCCAUCUCCGAGGUAUCGUUCUACACACACGACGAGAAGCGUCAGAACCAUACGGCACCGAACUCGCAGGCAUCGAUUAUCAACGCGAAACAGUUCUCGCAAUACCCGCCCGGUACGCCAGGGAUGGGGCAGCAGCAGCAGCAGCAGCAACAACCCGGUGCCACGGCGCUCAACGGGCUGCAGCAACAGGGCAUCAAACCGUUCGCCAAGCUGAAAAAGCUCGUCUGGCUCGAUAUCAGCUCGAACCGUAUCGCGCACAUCAGCCCGAACACGUUCCCCAAGUCGCUGGUAACGAUCGAUCUUUCCAAGAACAUUCUUUCCCAAUUCCCGACCGCCUUCCUCGAGCAUCUGCACGAUCUGCGCGUGCUGUCGCUGAAGGAUAAUCUGAUAGCGAAGCUGGACGGUAGCCCCGACCCGGCCGGCCCCACCCGGAUACGGCUCGAGAAGCUCGACCUUAGCCUGAACCUGGUGGAGGAACUGCCACCCCUGCUGUUCAACGGCAGCGUGCGUAUAAAGGCAAUUAAUUUUGAUAAAAAUUUCAUCCGCCACCUCGAGGCCGACACAUUCCAGGGGCUGAACAUCGUGCACAUGGUGCUGGCAUUUAACUUCAUCGAGUCGAUUGACGAUGGUGCGUUCGGUUCGCUGGAAAACAGCUUGGAGUAUUUGGAUCUGGAGCGCAAUCGGUUGACGGUGGUGCCGGCCGCCAUUGGGCGAUUGAAUCGGUUGCGCUAUCUUUACUUAACGUCGAACGAGCUGACGCACAUUCCCGAUCAGCCCGAGGCACUGCUGCCCACUACGCUGAAGGUGCUGUCGUUGAGCGGGAAUAACUUUACCGCCAUCCCGGUGGACGCUCUUUCGAACUGUACCGAGCUGUCGUACCUUAACAUGGGCUACAACAAGAUCGCAGACAUCGAGGAGAAUGCGUUCGCCGGCUGGGGCUCGAACUUGCAGACGCUGCUGCUGCGCAACAACAAGAUCACGAGCCUCAACUAUGGUGCGUUCAAUGGGCUGGAUACGAUCAAAGAGAUCAGUCUCAGCUUUAACGACAUCCACUACGUCCAUCCGAAUGUGUUUGAUAAUGUUUCCUCGACGCUUAAGAUUCUGGAGCUGUCGUUCGGUAUCUACCGUGAGGAGUAUCCGGGCGAAGCGUUGGCCGUGCUGACUGAACUAAUGUGGCUCGGGUUGGACAAUAACAAUCUGAAGACGCUGCCGGACGGUGCACUCUCAACGUUGGGACAGCUAACGUACGUCAAUUUGGCGUUCAAUCGAAUCGUUGCCAUACCGCGAUGGCUCUUCCGGUCGGACAUUCAUCGAAACUUGGUGGAGAUUGAUCUUUCGUUCAACCAGCUCGAAGACUUGCCGAGCGCAACCUUCGACAGUUUGGAGCUAAUACAGAUUAUCAAUCUAUCGUCGAACAAACUGCGCACGAUGCAGAAGAACGCACUGCACGAUCUGCCGUACCUGACGUACGUGGAUCUGUCCUACAAUGCGCUGCAAAAUAUAACCGAAGGAGCGUUUAGCUAUCUACCCAGCCUGCUGAGCGUGGACCUGAUGCAUAACGAGCUGGCCACACUGUCGCUGAAAGUGUUUCGCCAAGUGUCGAACGCAACCACUCCGAUGCGGCUGAACAUUAGCAGUAACGCGAUCGAGUUUCUGGAUGGAGACGUUAACUCACUGCUUUAUGUGUACUCGCUGGAUGCCAGCCACAACCAGCUGCAGGACACGACCGUGUUUCGUGCGUUGGCCUUUUCGCUCCGUAUACUCUACCUGAACUGGAACAACUUCACCACGCUCGGCAACCAUGCGUUCGGGGACCUGCAGAUACUGGAAAUACUGAACCUGGCGCACAACAACAUCAGCUCACUGCGGCGGCGCAGCUUUGCCGGGCUGAUGAACCUGCAGGAGUUCGAUCUGAGUCACAAUCGCAUCGAAAGCUUGCAGAUUGAACAGUUUUCACCGCUGAAAAAGUUGCGCCUGCUGCGCCUCAACAACAAUCGAUUGCGUACGAUACCGCGCGAUACGUUCCUGAAUACGCGCAUCGAGUUUUUGGACCUCUCGAACAAUCAGUUUGUGGCGUGGCAGGCAACGGCAUUCGCGGACAUUGGGUUCACGCUGCGUUCAAUACAGUUCGACAACAAUUUGCUGGAGUUCCUAGAUCCGUACAUGUUUACCAGCACACAGUUCUUGUUGGAGCUAAAUCUGGCUGGAAACUUGAUAAAACUCAUCCCUGAUAAUGCGUUUGCAAAUCUGAACAAUUUGACAGUGCUGGAUCUGAGCUACAAUCAGCUUAUGCCGGUGAACUUCCGCGAGCUGUUCGUGAAUGUGCCGCGCCUGCGAGUGUUGAGCCUCCGGUCGACGGGGAUCUAUCGAUUGCCGACUCUGGCGCUGCCCCAGCUCGCCUCGCUGGACGUUAGCAACAACAACCUGCAGGAGAUCGACUCUCAGGAGGAGCUGUUUUUCCUUCGCGAGCUGCACAUACAGGAGAACAAAGUCAACAACAUCUCGAACCUGCUGCGCAAUCUACCCCCUGCCCUGCGCGUGCUAGACAUCUCGCGUAAUCCGAUCCGCAAGAUCUCGUUUCACGAUUUUGCACUUUCUCGCCGGCUCGAGGAGCUGUUCAUCGAGGACAUUAAAAUCGUGAACCCGGACAUCUUCAUCAAGCUGCACAAUCUGAAAAAGUUGCGCAUCAGCGCACAGCACAACUUCAGUGAGCUGGUGUCGAAGUUGCGCGGUCUGCAGGAGCUGUACGUCACCAUCUACGACGAACAUCUGGGCGAUGGGCUGUUUACGUCGCGCAUGCACGCCAACACGAAGCUAAACGUGGUGGAAAUUACGGGCCGCAGGUUGGUGUCCAUCUCGAGCAAUGCCUUCCAGGGGUUGGCGCGGAACCACGAUCUGAAGCUGCGGAUACGCAACACCAUGGUGAACGAUUUGCCGCCGGGCGUGUUCUACGCGCUGAAGUACAUCCCCCGGCUGAGCAUCGAUCUGUCGGACAAUCUGCUGGCGGCGCUCGCACCGGACAGCUUCUACCCGAACGCCAGCUCGUGGGAUGCGGUGGGGACGCGCAGCGUCAUCGGCGGGCUGGACGUGUCGAACAAUCCGCUGCAGUGCGAGUGCGGGUUGGUGUGGCUGGGGCACUGGUUGCGGCGCUGGUUGCGCGAGACGGCGCAAGUCAACUUGAUUCCUAAGGACGAAAUGAAGCAGAUGAUUCGUCGAGCUAAAAGGAGUACCUGCACGGAUCCGCUCACCGGGAAGCGCCUGCCGUUCCUGGAGAUCUUCCCCGAGGAUCUGCUGUGCCACGCCAGUGCCCUGAGUAGUUUAGCGUUGAAGUUGCGCUUUCGGUUUAUGUUGCUGUGUCUCAACAUGCUGCUAGUGGUGCUGCACAAAUCACGAACGUUGGUACUGUAAUUUCGGUUCGGCUGACAGUAUCAAAAAGCGCUUCAUCCCCCAUCCCCGGACAUCCGCACAUCCCUUUGUAACAGCACGGAAUACACUCCCUCCUCUCCAUUCCCCUGGUUCAUCACUAUCUUCCCGCGGCAACAUGUGUACGCGUAGUGCCAACGCGCCAAGGAGUAGGUAAGCAUCGGUUAAGAACUGUCCCUAUUGGCCCACUGCUAAGCCAAUUUAAGGCUCACUAAUGUUUGACAUCGGAUGGGUGAAUGUGCUGAAGCAGCACCGACGCCAUCCAGCAGUAACAACAACAACAACGUUCAUUCAUUUUAAGCAUUUUUUAUCGUCCCACUGGUGGUACAUGAUUGUACAUAGUAGUAGAAUUGUAAAUUAUAGACAACAAAGUAAAAAAACAAAAACGCCCGUUUUGUACGAAGUACACAUUUCCAACACGUCACGCAUAUAGGCAGCCAAAAAUCAACAAAACAUAAAACAAAACCCCAACUGAUGCGUGCGUGACGGAGAGUGACAGACAGCAAUAUAGAACACGAAGAAAAAAAAUAUUAAGAAAAACAAAUUGUCCUACGAACUAAGCACAGAUAAAUGGCAGCAGUAGGGUACGAAAAAACAAACAAACAAGGAAACCUCCCCGCAAUGUGUAAAAUGUGUAAAUUGAGCAAAACGAACCUAGGUAAGAGAGCGCAGUAUCUCACACGUUUUGAUGAAUUCCGAUAGUAAGAUAUUAACACACAAAAAAAGUGCAACAAGCAGACGAAGAAACCCAUCCAAUCAAAACCACAUUCCAUCACGAUUGUAGGAGCUUCAGUGUAGGAUAUUAAGUUUUCGGGCACCAGUUUUGCACUCGAGUGAGAAAGGAAGGUAAUGGUACCUUCAAAUUGAACCAAUCGGAGGCUUAAAGUAGCAAGUUUAUGAAUGCGAAGGACACGAUGUAUUGAAAUCUUUUUAUUUUUCAUUAUAUUACUAACAUAAUUUAUAGAUUUCAUUUGCUUUUCGUUCAAUGUUUAAGCAUUGAUUGAAGCUACGGCCCGCUUAAACCUCUUCCAAUGCACACCUGUGCGAAACUGUUACAAUGCGCAGUUAUCGGUAGAUAAACAUUCUACCUAUAUGCUCACCGCAGCGAAUAAUGCCAUUGUAAGGAAAGUGCUUUCACUUCACAAACAGGCCAUAACAGUACAUACAAACGGUUGAAUGGUUCAGCCAUACCCACGGGUGAGUGAGUGGGUGGGCAAAAAAAAAGCGCCAACAACCUGUCAAAUGAAUUUGAUAAGCCGACACGUUUCGCCCCGUCAAUCAGCUAACAAUGAUGGCCCGAUGACCUCGCCGUUCUGACCAGAAGAAUUGCACCCGUAGUGCACUCACGCUAGCACCCACAUCCUGUCCCCCCCAAUACCCCCUGCGGCGCGAUAAUGUGUGUCGGAUCACAGCGAAAUGACAUAAUUAUGCAAUUUUCAGUCCAAUUACGAAAACACACAAACGGGACACAAACCUCGCUCCCCUCAAAGCUUUCCCAUUUCUUUCCUUGUCGUACGGGGAGCAGGACGCUCGGAAUGGGACCGGGAGUUUUGCACAGUUCGUGCACACGUGGAUAAAGAGAGAGAGAGAGACAGAGACAGCCAGACAGAGAGAGAUAGCAGCAUCGGGGGAAGGAUUCCAUUGAUUGAUAUUCAUAAUGAUCACACAAUUAUUAUCACACACUGUGUGUACGAUUAUAAUAAUGCCGGCCGCACAGCCGCACGGCCGUGGCUUUUAUCCGGGGGUAUGGGCUGAGAUGUUAAUUAAUUUGCCAUUGCUUCCGAGCCGCUCGCGUUCACUUUACUGCCAUUUUGUGCCCGUAGAAGCGCGCUGUAUAUGGGACUGUUUUGCUGUAGAUUACUGUUUUUUGUUCUUGUUGUUUCGGUGAUUCCACUAAGCAAUGAUAAUUAACUUUGAUUUAACUGCUAAUUGAAUACUAUAAUAGAUUGUUGCAUUUUUUAAGGUUUCUAAAAGCCACAUAGAUUCAAUGACAGCAUGGAAGUGAAGAUGACCAUUUAAUGUAAUGUGGGUGUCUGAAGAAUUAAAACGUUGAAAUGUUAUGUGUUAUGCUCCAAACCAGAAAUAAUUCAUUUCCUCAGCGAAAAAAUAAUUCUUUACCACCAAAUUAAACUCUCUUAACAACCUGGAUUCCAGAAUUUUGUUCAUAACUUCACACGCAAAAAUAUGGAGAAAAAAGAAACAAUAAUUAUAAAAAGGAUUUGAAAGUAGAGAUGAUAAUAUCAUUUAAUUUUUAUGAAUCAAUCAAUUAAUAUGAAGUCGCAAUAGAGAUUUUAAUCAUUGAUUCACUCUUUACAGAUCUAUGCAAAACAAUGCAUUUAAAACAUCGCUAUCUGAGGCUCAAAGUCUCUUUACAAUUAAAUAUAAAAGAAAAUCAAACAUCCUUUCAACUUUGCUCUUUUGGUACCUAACUUUCUAAAUCUCUGUACCACAUAACGAUUGGACUAAUAAUUCAUUAUUUUUUUUGCAUCCAAAUCACUCACUCUAACUCCAAUCACUCACAAUAACUAACUAAUUCUCUGCUCUUACUAGGGACUCGUUUUUGUUUGUUGGGUUCUUCCCUAAUAAGUUCUGAUAAAAGGCGGAAUGUUUGAGCCAUAAAAACAGAAUCAAAAGUGAAUAGAAUCACAUUUACUCUUCGUGCUGAGUUGAAACUAUAUAUUCGCUUGCACGAUUCAACUCACACGCUCUCUAUUUAGUGUGCACAUCUCUGUUUGAAAGAGUUUAAUUUGCUAAAGCUCAUAUUUUUCGGGUACAAAACAAGACUGGCUAGAAGAUCUUCAUAUUCCAGCAUAUUCCAUAUUCCAAAAAUUGAAAUAUGAAGAAACCAAUUAUUUCAUGUUUUAUUUACACAUAACAUGUUAUAUUUAGCGAAUUUCCAACCCAUAAUCAAAACUUCCUAUUUCAGAAUAAAUCUUAUUUUUAGUACACACAAUGACCGAAGACACCGAUAUGAAAGUUUUCUGGACAUUUCCUUAAUUAGUAUUCAUAGCAUUUGCCAAAACGUGUCCUCCCUGCCCACCUAAAUUGAAUGAUGGGCUUCCAAGGCUGAUUGGACCAUUAUUUCGCCUAUUACACUGUUACCACAUCACAUCACUUUCGCCUAACAAUGAUUGAUGGUGCAGAUUGUUGUCACCAAUCUGAUACUUAUUUAAUUUAUCAAGCAAACUUGCAGCCCUUUUUUCACAGCGACGUUUGCCACCCCCCAAUAAACACACGAAAGCGCCACACCUUAUUCACACAUCGUUGUGCGGUGUUGCGGUAUGAUCCCCCAAUUGACAGCGGCGUUUAGCGGCACAUAAUUUCAUAACUUCAUACCUAUCAAACCUUCCUAUUUACUUCCGUCGUGCACGUUUUCCUCAUAUGUGUGUGUGUGUUGCAGUGAGUAUAAUUAAAUUUCGAAAAUGGAUUUUCCAUCCAUUAUGAAAGGCCCCGGAACGGCGUCGUGUUUACCGUUGCGUAGGGCACCGAAAUUAUGGCGCAGCACACAAGAAGAAGAAAAAAAACGCUUCUCCACACAGUCCCAGGUACUCGAGCACUCGAGAUGCUGCGACGCGGGAAGGGGUGAAAGUGUCCGUGCACCCGUAGUGGAGUGGGAAUUGUUUUAUAAUGAAUGAAUAAUGUGUUCGCUGCCUUCCCUUCGAACCCAACGGUUUGCGGUUGCAAAUGGCAAAGAAAAACACUUUUCCAUCCAUCAAUCAAGCGGCGGCGCGUGUGUGUUUCCGUGUGGCGUCCCGUUUAUGGCGGGCGUCCUUUAAGAAUUCGAUCAUGCGUAAGACACACACACACACACACACACCAUCGAUAUGAGCCUUUGUCGGUGUCAGGUUGAACCGAGCUUGGCUUUUACGCGGCAACGAACGAAGGAAAAAUGAAGGAAAACCCAAAACAUGCAAAGCCUAAAAUCGUGCAAACCAUCAUCAUUUUUCAACGUUUCAACUCGACCGAGCCACGUACCGCGUUGGUGGAUGAUUGUACUUUCAUUUUCUUCCGAUUUUGCACGGUGAUGUUGACAGUCACAGGGGGGGGGGGGGGGGGGGUUCUUUUUUUCCUUUCGCCCUUCGCUUCACCGUUCCAUUGCUGUCAACCGUGUGGCAUGGCGUCACAUUUCUGAUUAAUACAAAUCACCGACAAAUUUCUCAAUUGAUAAACUUCACGUUUGCGUCAGACGACAGCCUGUAUGUGUGUGUGUGUGUGUGUGUCUGCCCCAAAUGCUAUCGCACAUUUGCCGCGAAUGCGAAAUGGCACACCAGCCACGCCAUUGGUACGGGGUAAAUUUGCCCCACGCCACGUACGGUUUGCAUGUGUGAAGGCUGUGUGAUGUGACAAUGACAGGUGAUGGGUUUCCGGUGGCGGUUGAAGGCUAAAUGUGGUGUGGUAUGAAAAUGGGCGCAAAAGAAAAAGUGGUAAAUCUCCAAUAUGAACCACUUCCUGUCGGUGGGGGGAACAUCGAGAGGAAACUGCUCCGAACCAACGCGCGGUCUAGACUAGAGGUUUGGCUGUUUGGUUUUACCUUUUUUUUUGUUCUCCAAACGGAGCCCAGCGCCUGUCAGGAGGGUUGGCGUCGAUCAAUGAAUCAUUUUACCCGUAGCGAGCGACCGCACCUUGACAGACAUGUCGCGCGCCGAUCGAUCGAUCGUAAAAACCGACAUCUACAUGUGGUUUAGACGUGUGUGUGUGUGUGUGUGUGUGUGUGAGAGUAUAUAUGCUCCAGAUACUCUACUGAAAACUCUCGCUGGAAAAGCCCGGUGCAAUCGAGUCCUGUGGCGCGUAAGGAGCGAAGUGAAUUUUAAUCUUUGGAUGUUUUUGGAGCCUCCAUUCCCCCCUACCGCACGCUUGGCGUACCAUCCAUCAUGUGUGGUUCAUUCGGCAAGGGAAGGUUCCUUCCGCAGCCGGCCUAAUCGAAUCACCCUGAACGAGCGCUCGUGGGAUUGUAGGGUACGUGUCAGUGAAAGGAGAACUAAAUUAUGCUCCCUUUGCCAUAUCCAUUGUUGUGCCGAAUGGGGGAAAUGGAAGAAAGUACGAAAAAACGGUACUCCUGCCAAUCAUUCAGUCACGAAACCAGGCCGCACACAAUGGACGCUUUUGCUGGACCCCGGGAAAGGUCAGGCGAGAAAGAGAGAUCUAUUGCGGUUGUUCGGUGUAGGGCGGUACGCGUGUAUUUGAAUGUUGUUGUUAAGGCAAAAGGACGAAGACGACGACGACGACGACGACGACGGUGUGCGGUUGCGUGCCGUGCGUGCCAGUAUACGCUUUGUUCCGAGCCAUGUCUUUUCCGUCUUUUGUGAAUGGAUGUGAUUUCCCACGAUAAGGUGCUUCGAUGAAGUGGAUAUUGAGCGAAAGCGGGGGGGUUUUGUGAGAGUGCGAGUGAGUGCGUUUAAAAACUUUGAACGUUUGCCCUGAUCGGUUUCCAUGUCAAACCAUUAUCGCAAAUGUUGGUAAACAUUAUUCUAUUUAAUCAUUUUGUCGUAGAACAACAAGUUAGGAUACUGCUGCGGCCGCUUUUGAGGGAAAUGCCGGCUUAGGAUUGAGACCGAUAUAGGCUCGGGAUUAAUGCAUGUUCCAACAUAACGUCAAGACUGUAAUACGUCCGGUCUUAGCUCCAGUUCCGGAAUUAGUUUGCAGCCCUGCACAAGACGGUAUGCAAGAGGUACAAGUCCUACUAUCAGGUUCAGUUUAAGUUCCGGUAUAAUUGGGAUAUGUUUGGAAGAGUUCCCAAUAUUGUUCCUAAGACUGAGCUAACCUACCUUACAACACAAAAUAGAACCGAACCAUUACUCUGAAGCUAAUAGGUCUACAAAUUAUUGCGCAGUAUGCGAACGAUAUAAAAGUUUGCUUUUGUUUAGUUUGAAUAAAGCUCAGUUUUAUAUCCAUUUAUGAAAUUAGUUAAACUUAAUAUUGAAGUAUUAACUCGAAAACAGCACAAACAAACUUCAGUAUGCUUUCGCAAUGAUGAUUGAUUGUUGAUUAUAGCAACAAGCGUGGCCUUAUUUCUCUUUGUGGUGCAUACUAUCACAAGCGUACAGAACUUAUCCACACUUAUCGUACAGUGCUCAAGACAAAGACACUUAAGGUGGAGAAAUAUUCCACCCCAAACCAAGGCAUAUUAAAACGUACUCUGAAGACUUCAUCACUGCAUGUAAAUUAGUUGAACUUGAACGAUUCAAGGAACUUUACUCCAAAUCAGGACCACAAACCGCUGCUCUCGACGUAAGCCUGCAACCACUUUCCAAAGUGAAAAGAGCACUAAUUUGCUGAAUAAAUGCAUCACAAAACAUCAAUGGGAAACAGUUUACACACUGUUUCCUACGCUACCCAUGCAGCGUGCUUUGUACUAGCGCCCGGUACAGAACUCCCAAAGGCGGUGCAACAAACAACGCUCAACAAAUUAUCGACCGGAAAUGGAAAUUUCCAACAGUGGUUUAACAACUCGGUUGAUUUCCUUACGUCAAGCUGACACCCGUACGGAAAGGGAACGAGUCACCCGACGGCCCGGGUGUCGGAAGGAAUGGAGCAGCACUACACUAACCUACGAACCUGCUGCGUGUGAUUCGCGUCGUACACCCGUAAACUAUCUGCAAUGCUGGCGUACUCGGGAGCCCUUAAACUUUGUGCCUGCAAAACAAAAAAGGAAUGUGAAUAUAUACACACACCCCAUAUUAAAUAUUAAAGCCCUGUAGACAGCGAAACUCAAACUCAUUACGGCAGAGUAAUCCUGGCGCGUUUGGUUGAGAUGGGGACGGGCGGGCAACGUUAAGGGACGUGGGCUUGGGCGCUUGACUUCAAUACCAUUGUCAAAACAGCACAAAACCUAACCCUGACGCCCUAGGUGGUGGUAGUGGUGGUGGUGGUGGUAUUUUGACCUUACAGGACUCAUUUCAAUGCCAGCCCGUGCCAGACGGUAUCAUGGGUGUGCCACGCUUCAAUGAACCAUCAGCAAGGAAGCAUGAUCCCGUCACUUCCCUUCCUAAUCCACACUGCUCUCUCUCUCUCUCUAUCUCUCCCUCUAUUUCUCUCUCUCUCUCUCUCUCGCUGUCACACACACAUAACAACACACACUUCUCCGUACUUCUUGACGCCCUUUUAUAACACGCAGGUUCAAUGUGUAGCCCAUGUUGGGUGGGGGCCAGACCGGGGCCGGUUAGUUGGUGGAAAAUGACGUCCCCACAGUAAAUGUCGACUGUUGUGAAGUGAACGCUAUUCACAGUGGGAUUAUCCUGCCCCAUGAAGUGCAUCGCAUUACACGUCAAGCGUUGCGAGCAAGUUCUACGAACUGCAUCAACUGUAUCAUGCUAGCGAUAGAUCUAGUAUGGGAAGAAAUUUUGAGAGCAGAAAGUAUAGAGUUAAUCAUUGCCAACUUAACACUAAAGGUUAAAAAUUGGAGUCAUUUCUUAAAUAGAAGCAGAUUGUAGCUUCUUUUCAUCUUUCUUCGCGGGUCUGUUUUAGUAUAUUUAUACUUAUUUUUCCUUUACCAUCUAUAAUUUUGAGGCUUCUCGCUUUGGAGGUUGAUUUUAUAUCUUUUUCUAAUAAAUCUCCAGGUCUAACCUUGGCAUAAGCAUACAGGUAGGAUACAUUAUAUUAUGCCAUCUGCCUGAAGGGAAAAGUGAGAGAAUUCAUCAAACAUUUCCUGAAUUCAAUUCCUAUUUGCUUUUACCAAAAAAAAAAAAUGUUUUUUACAAAUACAUCGUGUCUCUGAGCAAAGCAUUAGCUAAGAAAAGGAUAAAACGUGAAGGGUAACACAUUACUAAAGAGAGCAGAAACCAGUUCGUCAGUCGCGUUAAGGACGUACACGUACGGGACACUCACGCAUCCACUACACGAAUGAAUUGUGAUAUAUUUUUAUACGAAAAUCAGCGUGAUUGAAUGAGCAAGAAAGCAUAACGGUAGCCAAUUUGUAAGGAACGUUCAAUGUGUACGGCAACGAAGAGCAAACUACAGGAAAGGAUGAAAGUAUUGAUAGUAUGACUUAUUUGCAUUUUUUUUGGAACGUAUCUAAAGUUGGGUGAAUCUAAUAAGUUUAAAGAAGUUUAAUUUAAAAGUGAAAAUCGAAUUAAACACUAAUCAUAAUGUUGAAAUCCUUACAAUCUGUAUCCAUUUUCUCCAAAAACAUAGAAAAAUCUUUAACCGGUAUAAUUAGUUUAAAAGACAUUUACAAAGUAAAACAUUAUAGUUGAUAAGGAAAGGAUUAUUUGUUCCUGCAACAUGAGAUAAAUGAGAUAGUAUUAUCAGUUUUAGUAUACAUGUUUACUAUCAUUUGAUAUUUAAUUGCUGUUAUGUAGUGUAGCCCCCUACCAAUCAGGACUGAUGUGAAUAAUUUAACCAUAGUCUAUCGUUGCUUAAAUGUGUUUUGUAUUUGGAUGUGAACGUUGUAAAGUGGUGGGCAAAAAUUUAACGAAACUAGAUAAUGAACGAACGUAAGAUUUUAGAUAAUGAAAGCAAACUGAGGCAAAAGCUGCUAAAUUGUUUUAAGCAUAAGAGUCACUGCAGAGUUUACGAUCGUACCAUAGCAAAAACCAACUAACGCACUUAGUGACAGUAGUAUAGAAUUGUUUUUUUUUAUAGAAAUACACCGAACCGAUCGAUCCGAUAGGAUUGAGAUAAAACACAACAAAAGAUCACAAACACAAACAAGUCGUAGUGGAGCCAUUAUUGUUUGACGCUCCAAGCACACCACACUCAGCAGGAUGGAAUUGCACCAUCAUCGAUAAUGCUUGUCUGCAAAAGAAAAGAAA